AAAUGCUGGUAUUAUUCGCCCAUCAAAGAGUGCAUGGGCGUCCCCCCCUCAUUUGGUCCAUAAUAAAAGUAGGAACGAAAGGAGGCCCUGUGGCUGCAACGGUUCCAGAUAUAUAUCCUCUGCCACAUGUUACGGACAUUGCCUUAGCUCCAAAAGGCAGAUACAUUUUCUCUAAAAUCACAAAAAAGACAACCAUCAUCAUCUCUUUUGAUUUUUUCAGAUUUAACAUGAUCAGUUUUUGGCUUAUAAACGCUGCACAAACGUAUCAAAGACUAAUGGAUGAGGUUACUUGUGGUGUAGGAGUUUUUGUCUACACUGAUGAUAUACUAGCUGCUAAUGACAAUUUGGAACAACAAAAGUAG